AUGUGUGGCCUUGUGGGGCUCAUCUACAUUGUGUUUGGAAAUUUUGUAAUUAUUAAGCAUGCACCGAAACCUGUCACACCAAAUGUGCUAUUGAAGACAUUUCCAAAUACCACAAAAUAUCUCAAGACGCCUGUGAGCUUUGGGAAGGUUACACCUGAACAAAAGCAAGAAGUUGAAAAGUUUGGGUUGGCAAUAUAUUCGUGGGAUGAACUUAUAACUAAAAGAGCAGACAAGCAGGCAGUGGAGAAUGAAGUAGUAGCCGAGAAGACUAAAAGACAGGCGGUGGAGGAUGAAGUAGCAUCUGAGAAGACCAAAAGACAGGCAGUGGAGGAUGAAGUAGCAGUUGGGAAGGUCAGGAUGCAGGCAAUGGAGAGUGCUUUGUUAUGUCUACUUCAAGGGCAAGGUAGGAAGCUGCCAUCAGACGUCGCCACAUGGAUGAGUGCGUUGGAGGGACAGAAUAGAAAGUAGAUCUUAGGAUUGUGGAACCUUUUCUUCUUUCAGAUAUACACUUUUAUUUUGUUGAUUAUGCAACUCUUAGUAAGGAGUACACUUUGUUGAUAUUCGGAUAAUUAUAUUAAUUAAAUUAAUGG